AUGGUGACGAUGCUUACCUGCAAUUCCGUCGAGUUUCCGAUCUUUGAAACGUGCAGCUCAUACCGUAAGCUGCAAAGGGUGAUGACGUACGUGCUGCGCUUCACGGCCAACUGCAGAAAGAAAAAUCCGGCGGAACGAGUUCGCCAGCGCUACCUGACCAUCCCGGAGUUGCGGGCGGUGCAGGACGUGAUUGUGAUGGUGAUCCAGCACGGUGCACUGUCCAAGGACAUCCAGCAAGUUGCCGAGAACGAUGCCGCUGGACGCAUCCAAGGUUUGACCCCGUUCCUGGACAAGGGCCUGCUACGACAUCGUGUUACCAACCUGAUCUUUCGAGCGUACCACGAAGAGCACCUGCACGCGGGGCCAUCGGCCUUGCUUGCGACGCUGAGGAGGCGGUUCUGGCUGAUCGAUGGACGGUCGACAGUCCGGAGCGUUACAAGGAGCUGCGUGACGUGCUUCCGCGCGAAGCCUCGCGGCUCGAGCCAACUGAUGGGACGGUUGCCGUCCUGCUGUGUGACGCAAGCCCUCCCGUUUGAAGAAGUCGGCGUAGAUUACGCCGGGCCCAUUUUCGUCAAGGUAGGAACCCGGAAGCCGCAGCUCGUGAAGGCCUAG